CUCCAGGAGGGAAAAUGGCGGAACCAGGGAAAGGAGUGAGCGCCGGCUUCAUCGCCAAGAACGUCCAGAAGAAGAUUAACCGGGCGCAGGAGAAGGUCCUUCAGAAACUGGGCAAGGCUGAUGAGACAAAAGAUGAACAAUUUGAGCAGUGUGUACAGAACUUCAACAGACAACUGAGUGAAGGAAGCAAACUCCAGAAAGAUCUGCGGGCGUACCUGGUUGCAGUAAAAGCUAUGCAUGAUGCCACAAAGAAGCUGUCAGAAGUUUUGGAGGAAAUUUAUGAGCCAGACUGGGUCGGCAGACCAGAAAUUCAUUCGAUUUCAGAGAAUAGUGAUCUUCUCUGGACUGACUAUCACCAAAAACUGGUGGAUCAAGCUCUCCUGACCCUGGAUACUUACCUCGGCCAGUUCCCAGAUAUCAAAACUCGUAUUGCAAAGCGUGGGAGGAAGCUUGUUGACUACGACAGUGCAAGACAUCAUUAUGAAUCUCUCCAAGGUGCAAAAAAGAAAGAUGAUGUAAAAAUAGCAAAGCCUGUCUCGUUGCUUGAGAAAGCUGCGCCUCAGUGGUGCCAGGGGAAGCUUGUGGCGCAUAUCGUUGCCCAAUCAAAUCUGCUCCGAAAUCAGGCAGAAGAAGAAUUUUUAAAAGCCCAGAAAGUGUUUGAGGAAAUUAAUAUUGACUUGCAGGAAGAAUUGCCAUCACUAUGGAACAGCCGUGUUGGUUUUUAUGUGAACACAUUCCAAAAUAUAGCUGGUCUGGAGGAAACGUUUCAUAAAGAAAUGAGCAAGCUGAACCAAAAUCUCGGAUCCGUGAUGAACCAACUGGAACUGCAAUACAUGGACAGAGCCUCAGUGAAAGUUGAGAAGUCUGCAUCACCACCAGUGGAUGAGUCUCCCCCGAGCAGUCCCGUGACAAAGGAUGACAAUCAUGUAGCUUCAACUUCUCCCACACCACAACAUGUUCCUUCUAUACCAAAGUCACCGUCUCAGCAAAGGAAAGGUCCUCCAGUACCCCCUCCACCAAAGGUUACACCAUCCAAGGACAUCAAGCAAGAAAAUAUCCUCAAUCUGUUUGAUGACAGUUUCAUCCCUGAGAUAAGUGUGACGACACCUUCACAGUUUGAGGCUCCUGGGCCUCUGCAGGAUGAAGGAAGCCUAUUGGACUUAGACUUUGAUCCUCUGAAGCCAGAGUCCAAUCCAGUAGUGAGAGCAGCUUCGCCAGUCUCUCAGUCUUUACCUUGGGAUUUGUGGGAGCCUGAAAAAACUGCAUCUAACAGCAUGUCCAUGGACCAGUCUCCUAGUAUGGCCAUGGGCGAUGGUCUUAAUGAGAGCAAUUUUGCAGUGGACUGGUCAGCCCAGCCCAGCCUGCCUAGCAAGAAUGAAGGUGCCCCUGCUCAAACAGUGGAGCAAGUGAAUGCCACCAGUGAAGUUGCAGAGAAGGAAGCUGAAGACAAAGUUACAUCUGUUUUGGAGGCCCAGCCAGAACCAAAGAACGAACUUUUGGAAAAUGAAGCUGGUACAGAGCUGGCCAUGCCCAAGGAUGCGUUGCCAGCUGUAGUGACCGAGACUCUUCCAGCAACCACAAAUGGAGCUGUGUACGAUACAGUCCCUGCUGAGGAUAUGGAAAUGCCCCCUGGAUUUCAGUUUAAGGUUCGGGCUCUCCAUGAUUACAAUGCAACAGACACCGACGAGCUAAACCUUAAAGUAGGCGAUGUCAUUUUUGUUGUUACUCAUGACAAUCCAGACGAACAGGAUGACGGCUGGCUCAUGGGCAUAAAGGAGAUUGACUGGAUUCAGCGCAAAGAUCUGAAGACGGCCAGGAGUGUGUUCCCAGCAAACUUUACUGAGCGUGUUCAAUAACCAGUCGGAAAGGAAAGAGCAGAGAAGUGGGAGGAGACUCGUGGGAUUUCCUCAACUGAAAUGCAGAAGUUGCCAUUGUAAAUGUGAAGCAUUCAGCUAUGGUUCAUGUUUACCAACUCUGGGCUAUGGUGCUUUGAAUGCUAGUCAAAGGGCAGCUGGUGCUUGGAACAAGCAGUUCUACCAUUAAAACAGCAAUUUACUCUAGUUUCUCCAUUGCAUGAAGUUCUGUUGUGACAAUUUGAGCAUAUGGGAAAGUCCAAACAUAUCUAAGGUAUUAUGUGAUAUCCAGAUUAGAAGUGGGAGAAGGUUGAUUGUGUUUGUUUUUAAAGCUACUGGUGUUGCUUUUUAAGAGGUCUUUAAGCUGACCUUUCAAAUGCUUCAGAAGGCAAUUAUGUAAGUGAUGCAGUUAAUGUAUGAUCCUUAAACAGCCAAUGUAAAGCUUGAUCAUUCUUUCAAGUUAUGUUCAUUGGAUGGUCCUAGGGCAGUGACCGAAAUGGACAGUUAAGAACUGAAUUUACAUGAAGCUAUUCAUACCCUUGAACCACAUUUGAUUCUACCUUUUUUAAUGUAAUUUCUGGAAAGAGGUGUCCAUUGGUUUAUUUUCAAUGGUUCAUUAUUUUCAUGAGAACUCUUCUGGAGCGAGAGAAAAAUGAAUCUCUGAAGCAACUGUUGGGUGAUUGCGACAAGAGCCUGUCUACUGUAGAGAAUUGAAGGAGAGUCAUGAUUUUCAUUGAUAUAUUAUCAAAAGGUAGAAAGUCAGUCUUUUUUUUGUUUUUGCUUUUGGUCUGGGAGUUUAUUUUCUCAUUGUUCAUAGGCUGGAACAGUGGUUAGAGAUUAGUCUGCAGUUAAUUCUGGAUAGAGUUGUAUUUGAGAUGAAACAUCCCAGAAUAUUUCCAAGACUACCUUCCAUCCUAUUCCCUUUUACAGCCCUUUCCCAUUGGCUCUGCGGCAGUCUGACCAAUGAGAAAGUAAUGGCUGAUUCUUGACAGUCCCUUGAACAUUUUUUUCUUUCCCAACUCUCAUUUUUAAAUAGAAGAGCAGAAAUGUUGAAAUCCUUUUCCUGUGGUGUCAGAGAUGAUCUUUCUAAAUCCAAGGAAGCCAGGACAAAUCUGGAGAGUUGGCAAUCCUGGGUGAUAUCAAAUUGGCAUCGUUCAUUCAGCCUUGGUCGAGGUUAAGUUGUCUUCCAUGAAUUUGAAACUGAUUCUCUCAACCAGGUUGUAAAGUGUUUUAUCUGAAGCAUUAAUGACUCCCAGUCUCAAAACAUCACACACUUCCUUCUGCAUCGGUCUCAACUUCUUUUUGACAAAGCAAGUGGUUACUGCCAGCCCUGUGGAAUUUGGCCAUGCGGUGCACUGAACCUUGCUGGAGUCUGUGGGUAUUUCAGUCAAUUCUGUAGGGAUUUGGCUGGUGGGAGCUGAUAGAUGAGCAGGAUGGUGGAACCAAUCCUUGAUGUCUCUGCAUACCUCCAGCCCCCUGCUGGAUAAUGUGUGUAACAGUCUGGAGCAGAGAUUUUUUUUCACUUUUACUCUUACUCCUUCCCCUACCCCAGGGACAACUGAUGCCAAAUAAACCCAUGAGCCCUAUUCGAGUUCUUGUAAACCUGUCCAGCUCAUUGCAAGCGGUCUGAAUUAAGAUGUUGAUCAUCUUUUAUUUUUUUUAAAUGCUGCUGUAGCCUUGGCAGGUUUGUCUCCAAUCCUGAGGGGCCUGACUUACCAGUAUUUUAAUUAUUGUAAGUCCUGCAACCAUGUAUUUUUUCUCGUGAGUGAGAUAUUAGUUUACCUUGCAAUCAAGGUUUUAAGCUAGCCAUCUGUAUACUUUAUCUUGUGUCUACUAUGUUCAAUGUGAGUCAUUGCCACCUGUAUGACUAUAUGUAAAUAUAAUAGUUUCCCAACAGUGAGAUUUUGGAAGUGGUUUGUUUCAGUAUUGUCCUAUUUAAAAAAAGAUUGUCAGUUUUCCAAUACUGGAACAUUAGUUAAAUUGAAAAGUUUUUGUUGGUGAAUUAUCUCAGUGUCUUCCACAAGCGUUGUGUUCUGAUCAGUUUGAUUUUUCAGAUGCAAGCAGCCUUGAUCACUUCUGUGUGGUGUUACAGCCUGUGAUGUCGCUCACUCCCAGUGAUUUUAUGCAAUGUAGUUGGAAUUGCUCUGUUCAUAGCUAAUGCACAAAGAAAUAAAACUGGUCUUCUGGUUG